AUGUCGUCAGAUUACGAAGAACCGAAAUUACACCCUGGGCCACACUUGGAGCUAUUCAAUCCAGUCCCGGAACCACUCCCGGAACCUGACAGGAACUUUCACAAGUUUUCCUCCCUUCCUCCGGAGCUUAGGAUUAUGAUUUGGCGGGAGUCUCUCGCCUGCUCGCGCUUAAUCACAAUAGUUAAAAUCCCCCAGUACUUGGAAUUGAACCCCGCUCUUUUUGUUAACCAAGAGUCUCGAGACAUCGCCUUGUCAUACUACCGCAUUCGAAUCCCGUGCAUCAGCCCUCGUGACAAGAUUUAUGAAGGGGAUGUGAACGGGAUAUUCUACUUCAACCCCGACUACGAUACUGUCGUAGUGUUUGGGAACGAUCGGUUAGGUUCAUGGGCGAAUGAAUUUGUUAAGUUCGCUCAGGAGGUUCAGGCUGCUGAUACAAAACAACUGGGUCUCAGAAAUGUUGCUUUCCACGCAGUGCCACGGCGGUUGCAGAAUAUUGCGGCACUUGAAAAAUUAAGUCAAAACAACGGGCUUAGGCAGGUCAUGUCUGGGCUUUGCAGUGUCACGUUUGUCCUGGCCGUAUAUCGACAAGGAGAGUGGAGCUCAAGUCCAGCCAGCCGCUCUAGAUAUAGACGCAGUAUCCCAGCCAACGGUAUGCGAUACACCUGCUUCCAAAGAGUGCCUCAGGAUCCCAGACCUAUCCAACAAGAUUUGAGACACGACUUUGCGCAGAUACGCGAAACCGGUUCCGAUUUUGAACAGCUCCUGGAUAUUCGGCCAUCUGCAUCCACUUGGAUCCAUCUUCGACGUACCUGGAAACUGCAGAGCCCAUGCGAGCAUAAGUUUAGUCUUACAUCCCGUAUGAGGUUUUCUUACGACAGAAGUAGCAUUCUGUGGAUUCUUAAAAGCGAUAACCGCGUUUGGCAGAACUCCCUUAUCUCGAUAAAGAGGGCGGGCUUAAUACCGAAAGGAGAAGAAACAUUCGAAGAGUUAAAGACAGCUCCUCAGACAGCUAUUGGGUUUUGGAUCUUCCCCGUGGACGCACUAGGACUGACACCGCCUGAAGGGGCGCCUGGUUAUACUGGGGAGGAGUCUGCGGUGCUCGAUCUCACUGCAUAUCACCCGGAGCUGGGACUAUGUGACAUUGACUAA